AUGACUAUCUUUGUAUCAGCUUGUAUUUUCUGUCCCUACAAGGAAGCCUUUGAAAAAGCAGCAGAAGAAGCCAAAGUAUUGAAACAGAGACCAACCCGUGAAGAACUGUCUGACCUUUAUGGUUUAUACAAACAAGCCACAGCUGGAGAUGUUAACAUAGAUCGUCCAGGGAUGUUUGACAUCAUAGGAAAAGGAAAAUGGGAUGCGUGGAAUGAAAAGAAAGGUCUGUCAAAAGAAGAAGCAAUGGCCCUUUAUAUUGAGUUGGUGGAGAAGCUGAAAGCAAUAUAUGGAAUCUAGAGUUCAUUUCUCACAAAUACUUUAGUAUUUUCAGUGUCAUAUCUCCUUUUUUUAUUGACACAAGAAAGCUUAGCCUGCAUUAAGACUGGAUUUAGAUUUAGAAACAACUCAUCUGGCAACGGUAAAAAAAACCAAAGCCAGACAGAGCUAUGCUAACUUUAACCCUGUUUUUAGUCUUGAUGCGAAGCUAAGCUAUCAAUCAGUCAGACUUAAUUUGUAUAUCACUUUUUCCUUAUACACACACACACACACACACACACAAACGUUACUUGACUACAUGACUUUAUUAUUAAUAAAGCAUUUAAUAAUAACAGCUAUUUAUAAAAACCGGAACUGAGGAAACACUACUAUAAAUCCCAUUACUUUGCAAUGAGAAAACAGCAGAGGCAGAAUCAGACAUGAAUAAAAUAAGGUAAUAAUAGAACAGUGAGGUAUGAAAAAAAUUAAAUAACAAAAUAAAAUUAAAAACUCGGAGCAGUAUCUUCUUUUUUAAGGCAAAAAAGUGAAUAAGUGAAUUUCCUAAAAUGCAAAUAAACUUCCAUAUAAAAACUUUCAUUAC